AUGCCAUCAGAACAGAUGGAUCACUAUCUCGUCAAGCGGCGCUAUUACAAGCGUGCCAUCGACUUAACUGGCAAUGAAGAAGUAGUAGGAGGCUACUACAACCUGGAAGACGCCAAUCGGCGAGCAGAAGCAGAAGCUCAACGACUCUAUGCUGGUACCGAUAAGACAUCCACCGAGCCACCAAGGAACGUCUCUUACGGAGUGCCAUACUGUGCCUUUGUUGGUCUAAAUGAAGCUCGAGGAUAUUAUUCGGUUGUGGUUUACGUCAUAAAGGUUGAGGGCUUGAAAGAACCAAAGGAGGAGGACGACAAUGUUCGGGUUAAGUCGGAACCUGUUGAUGAUGAUCAUGGCCGCAGCGUCUUCACUUCGACUACAGCCUCCAGCCGCAACGUCAAAACCGAGCCGCACACCAACCCAGCCCCUUUUCCCCCCUUUCUACCCCAAGGACGACCUGGAUGUUUGAAAGGCCUCCACUACGCUUUCGUCGGCUUCUUGUACAACCAAGCCGCAAUCACCGAGCUCAUCACCAGUUGUGGGGGCGAGGUCCAUCCCAUCCACAAGCUUCGGCUUAUGGAAAUUCCGGCGCCCUCGAGCGUCAUCAUCAUCAAGGGCAUCAUGGGGGGAUAUGAGAGAGUACCGGUGGACUUGGGACAACGAGCUCCGAAUGGGCCCUGCCAUACCACUGUUUGUUGUCCGGAGGAGGUGUUUGAGUUUAUUGAGGCUGGAAGGGACCGACAAUGA